AUGAUGCUGACCGGCAAGAGGAAGCGCGAAGUGUCCGCCUGCAUUCCUUGCUAUACGCGGAAACAGAAGUGUGACCGGCAAUAUCCGUGCGACAGGUGCAGCCGGCGCCGCCAGCCAGAGCAGUGCGCAUACUACCCUACCCCAUCCCCGACCAUCACCGAGAGGAGCCGCGAUGAGGCCGAAACCAUAGAACUAGACAACGAGGGCGAGCCUCCGGACUCGUCCCCGACAUCCGUCGACUCCCGGGCGGGGAUAGGGCCGAGCAAGGGGGAGCCGGAAUCUUCGUCGUCGUCCUCGUCGGCGACGCUGGCCGAGGCAUUUGGAUACUACGGACCAAGCGAGUUCAACACCAUGGCUCUUGUGCGGAAGCUGCUUCCCGACGAGGAGACCCAUGAUUCAGUGGAUAUUCCCAUGCCAGCCGAGAUCGAGGCCGAGGUCCGCAAGACGCUGCAGAUGAUGCUGCCACGGCCGGUCAUAGACGUGCUGGUCAGAUACUUCGUGGCGGAGGUCAACUGGAUCGAUCAGCUCCUGCAUCCGCCUUGGUUCCUCUCACAGUACCAAAAGUGGUGGAACCUGGACACUCUCUCGCUUGCAAGCGUUGAGUUCGCCAUCCUCUUCCUGCGAGUGUGCUGCUAUGCCUCGUUGUUCCUCCCAUCUCCCUCGCACACGAUCGAUAGCGUCAAGGGGGUGUCUGUGGUCAACAUUCGCAGAUCGUGCGAGGAUGUCAUCAAAGCAUUGUUGCCCAUCUGCAGACAACUGGACCCGCGAGGGUCUCUAGUAAGGGUUCAGUAUAUUGCCUUCGCCGGCCUGGCAAGCAUCAGCGUGGGACCCAUGGACGCCUUCUGGGAGCAUGUCAGCUGUGCUUCACGUGUGGCUCAGCAGAUUGGCCUGCACCUUGACAGCAGUCUCUGGCCCGAGAGCAUGGACGGAAUCGAGAAGGAGAUGAGACGGCGCAUGUUCUGCAACCUCUACGUAUGGGACAGUUGCCUUUCAAAGCGUCUCCACCGACUACCAUUCCUGCCCGAUGAUGCCCUAAGCGACGACAUCCUGCCUCGUAUGCGCCUACUCCGCGAGCCAGACAUGGGCGCUGACGCGCCAGAUGUCUUCACAGAGCGUCUUCUCCGUGCACAGCUUGCCAGAUUCUGGCGCAACUACACCCCGAAAAGGGGGCCCAUUCUAGGAGCUAACAAAUACGACGCUGCCUUCCUGCCCACGAUCCCGCCCGCCUUUGCCCUCGCCCAGCCAGACAGGCAGUGGGAUGCACGAAUAAGGACAUUGCCCAAGCAGCGUCAGCUCCUUCACAUGGCCCGAGCCCUUGCGGCCGCCGCGCUCGGCUUGCUCGAGACCGUGUCCGCUCUCCACGCGCUGAUGGGCGGCUCGCACACGCGCUUCUCAGGCAUAAUCAUGCCCAUAUUCGAAGGGGCGGUGCCCUUGCUCUGCCUGUGUGCGGACCCGAGUUUCCCCGGGGCAAGGGAGGAAGACAGAGAGUCAAGCUCUCCUACCCCCAUGCUUGGUGGGGGUCCUGGAAGCCGGCCACGCUCCGGGCCGCGGUCGCAGUCCCUGGAAAUGGUGAUGAAGCGGAUGAGAUCCGACCCGCUCGGGGCCAGGCUGAACUCGGUAACGCGGUCCGAGUGCAUGCAGGCUGCUCGUGGGGCGCUGGCGACUCUGCAGACGCUGGCUGAGGUCAGCGAGAUGGCUGAGGUGGGAGCCCGGACACUGGCGCGGCUGAUCAAGACGGUUGACGCCAGCAGAAGCGGCGGUGGCAGAAGCGGCAGAAGAAGCAGCAGCAGCAUCAUCGCCACCUCAACGCCGCCCGCACCACAGCCAAGCAGCCGUGCUGAUGUAGCCAGUAUGGGCGGGCCAGCCCAGCCCGAUGGUGGGAGCGCCUGGACAGGGGCCGCGGAUCAUCAGGAUGCAUUUAUACCGCGGCCACAGCCGGCAGUCGAUGCGACUUCUCACUGGGCAUUUGAUCCGGAAAUGCACUCUGCAGGAACAACAGGCUCCCACCCUAGGUUUUCCUUUCCAGCGAGCGACAUGGGAACCAGCGCAGGCGGGGCAGUGGGGGCUGAGAACUGGGAAGGGUUCUUUCGCGAGUUCACAGGUGGCUAUGGCUUAUAG